AUGUCGUCGUUUCAUAGAUCCUCAGCGAGGCUCGUGCCUCUUGCUAGAGCCAGCGUCCAACAACCUCUCCACCCCCAUGCCAUCACGUCCCUGCGCAUCCAACCUUCCAAAAGAAGCUUUCACCUCGGCGCCGUGGGAGACGCAGUAGUGUUCACAGCAGAUGCCAUCUCGGCUAUCCACAAUGCCGGCCUACCGUGGUACCUUUCCAUCCCUCUUGUCGCCGUCGGCGUCAACUUCUCCUUCAGGCUGCCCGUACAGUACUACACGCGGCGCGUGGUUAUGCGCCGAAGGGAGCUCACCCCCUUGGUAUCAGCAUGGAGCUCGCGCCACGCCGCAUCUGUGCCUCGCGGGCAAGGAGCCUCGGGCGAGAAACAGGGAGAGCGGCUGUGGAGGCUCCGCGUCGCUGGGCUGACGGAGAAGUCGCGCAAGAGGAUAUACAAGACUUGGGGGGUGCAGCGGUGGAAAACUCUUGCUCCGUUUCUGAGCAUGGCGCCCUUUGUCAUUGUUUCCGAGGCUUUGAGGAGAUUGUGCGGCGCGCCCAUGGGCUUUAUCAGCCAUUCUCUAGGACUUGCUUCCGCGGACAAGGUUUCCGCCACGUUGCCUGAAGCAAGUCGUCUGUUUGAUGCCGGUCUCACGCAGGGGGGAUGCCUAUGGUUCGCCGAUCUGACGGCCAUGGACCCUUUCUACGCUCUCCCAUUGGCGUCUUCUGCCUUGCUGGCGCGAACUUCAUGGGGCAGGCUAUCCAGGGAUCAGCUGCGCGCUCUGUUGAGCCUCGACGGUUCCAAGACGCUCAGCACUCCGAUGGCUAGAAUACAAACCGGCAUUGGGCGAGCCCUGCUUCUCAUUCCCGUGGCUCCGAUGCUGUUUGCCGAUCUGCCCAGCGCCAUAUUCUUGUACUGGACCACGACAUUUGCGCUCAAUGAAGUAAAUGAAGCCAUCUUGGAACGAAUCGUGACCAAGCGCGACCCCAAAUUGAGCAUGGUGAAGCGGACUCCACCUGCGUUGCCGUAUCUACGAGGAUAA